ACAAGCGCCCUCAAUUGUUCGUUAUCAACAGUAUAAACAAGAUGAAAGUAGCGAAAAGCACUUUCGUUUGGUCCAAAACUAGGCUGAUUUUUAAUGCAUUGAAAUGGAUAUAACGUGACACUUUUGGGUACAGAUAGUCUUUGAAGUCGGAGCAUCAAGAUGAUGCAUUUACAGUUUCCAAAAAGGCGGGAUUUCUACUCGUGGGAAGAAUUAAGCUGUUUAUCAAGGGCACUUGGGUUCCCUAGCGAAACCAUCAAAAACUGCAUCCCUGAUGAACUGACAAGUACACAAGAUGGCAUCAGUUACAAGGAUAUCUUGAAGCUGAUCAGGCUGAAGUACUUCAACGAUGCGUUGGAUCGUUCCAUCAACAUGCACACGGCAGACUACAACAUCAACACUCUAAUGCAGAGUCUGAAACUACUCAACCACAGACUGCUGAGUUUUUCUGAGUUGAAUGAUGUCCGCGUCGCCUUCCAAGUCUACGAGGCUGGUGAUAUGCGAGGCAUGGUCAUAGACACCCACACGCAGCUACGAGCUCUCAAGUUGUGUGAUCGGACCAUAGCGCCAAUGAAGCUCAUGCACCGAGUCAAACACAUGCAGGAGAACUUUGACGAGCCAGGCCGGAUACAGCUGUACGAAUUCCUGGAUCUCAUUGUGCUAUGUGAGUUGACCAAGGACGUAGAUGUUCCAGAUUUCAAGCAUGGGGCUUUGGAUAAGACAUGGCGUAGACUCUUUCAGCUGGAUAAUUUUCAGGAGGUUUGCGCGACAAAGGAUGAAAAGAUGGAGCAGCACUUGAACCAGCAGUUCCGAGACACGGAGCUGAACUAUGGCAAGGAACAGCUAUCCAGCAAGCGUAUCCCGCGAGAAAGUGCGGUAGACACCUCACGCAGGAUUGAACAGGUGCGUCACCACAACAGGAAAUACCGUGAGUUGCAAGGUUUUAUGGGACAGUCCACGGCCCAGGUGCAGCGCACCAAAGCGGGCCACAUCCGGGGCCGGCCCGUCACGGCGCCGGAGAUCGACGAGUUUCGCUUGCCGCCGGACUCGCCGCUUCACUCCAUUAUGCUACAGCGCCCUCACACUGUGUCAGACCUCACUUCACGUUUGACUGCCGCACCGCCCUCACGGCAAUCACGCUACCGACCACAAUCAGCGCCACAAUCGGCCACGUCAGACAAAUCCAGCAGAUCACAGAAGUUUUUCAGCUCGGCGGAAAGUACGAUGCCCGAAGACCCAAGGAUACGAUUGCUGCAAGCUCUGCAUGAAAGGAAAACCCUGAGCUCAGUCCCUCCCAGUUCGCUCUCAAGGAGUGCCCCGAGUUUGACCUCGGAGCAACCUUGGAAGAGCAUGAUCAACACCUACGUCCGACCCACGACCCCUCGAGUCGUCACAGAGCACAACGUCGCUGAGCGGCAACACAUACUGGAUGGACUGCAGUAUCAGAUUGAGACAUUAGAGGAGAGAACUUUACAGAAGCUCGAGCAACAAAUGAAGACACAUCUACCUCGCUACUACCGACAGAAGAAAGAAACAGUGGAAGAGGAAAAGAGGCGAACGCCAACCCCUACCCAACCUAAAAAGAAAGUAAAGAAGAAGAAGAAAUCAAAGAUAGUGCCGCCAGAAUCUAUUGAAAGAUUAGUGCAUCCGACGUUACGGCAGUACCACGAUUUACAUGACAAGAACUGCGACGCACGCACGCAGGAAUUUGACGUUCCAAAGAGCAGCCGCAGACCAAAGACAAAAGGCGAGGAGCGGAAAUCAGAGAAUUCCGUCCCCAGACCUCAGUUGUUCCUGGACGGGCGCAGGAUGAGUAUCGCCAGCGAUAAGAACUUUGAGACCGCGAGUACUAUGAGUAGCGUUGCGGAAUCCAGCGUCGCGAAGACGAUAGAUUUGGCGAGUCACACUUUUUUGCCACUCAACUCGGCGUUUUCUCACAAGCAUCACGUGCUGUCCCCGCCGCAUGUUUACGACCCGGAGAAGUUUCGUGGGUCGCGCGUUGGCGCCGCGGCAGUCCUACACGAUUUCUUUAACGACGUCAAGACGGACACCAGCAGCGACACGUCGUCCGUCAAAGCGCGCAACGAAAACGAAAACCCAAAUUCAUCGCAAUCGGACAAUGCUAAGCCAAAGGCUAGAAAUACCAUCACUCGGGACAACCCAGUUCGAAGCCCAGCCCGGCCAGCCAAGAAAAAGACGGCUUCGGACCCUCGGCUUUCGCGCUGGGAGAAAGCGCGCGUCAUGCGCAAAGUCACCCUCCAGGAGGAGGAAGAACUGAAAAUCAACGGGAUCUCGCUCAGCGAGAUCGACCGACUGACGUUCAAAGGUGAAGAGGAGCAAGUACAGGACGUGCGCACGCUGACCAAAGUGAACAGCGAGGACUUGUAUGUGAACUGAACGUCACAUCCAACAUUCCAGACACAAGACCUGUACAACAUUUCCCAAUUUGAAUACAGCAUUGCAGUACAGAAACGUUAGGACCUUGUGACUUUGUUUGUGGAAGUGAGAGGUGCGAGAUACAAGAUGAUGAAAGUAACAAGAAAAUUCUACCAGGAGCAGAAAGUGGAAAUUGUGGACUGUUACACAUCGCAGAUAUACAUUUAAGUUGAAAUAUAGUUUACUUAUCAUCAGCAUUUUUUGUAGUUUACAAAAGCUUAUGUUUCCAGUGUGUGAUGAAAACAAUAUUGGUAGUGAAUUGUGGCAGAUCUCUGUAUCUGUUGGCUGAAUUUGUUUUUUGUAAUCUAACUUGCCCUCAAAUGAUCCGGAAAAUUUGUAUUAUAAUGAAUAUUUUGUACUUCAAAACUUCAUAAAUGUUUGUUUACCUUUUGCUAGGGAGAAAGCUUUGGCAUGCGUUUUACAAUCGGAAAUAGUAGAAAAUGGGCAUCCAAAUUGUCCACAGACUUUGUGAUUUUAUUCUUUGACUUUUUAAACUUGUGGAGUGCUGUACGGAGUCCUUGUGGACUGGAGCAUUGAAUUCGUGGUCUGCGGGUAAUUCUGCAAGUUGUGGGUUCGAGUCCAGCCUGGGGUUGUAGUGCGUGUGUCCUGUGGGCAAGAUACUAUGUCACUCAAGAUACUAUGUCACUCAUUGCUCCACCCAGGAGUAAAUGGGUACCUGUGAGGGCAGGGCAGAGAUGGUUAUUGUGGUUGAUUUUAGCUGCUUUGCACCGAAAUGGCAGCAUCGAGCUGUAUACUCCACAGGGAGCUGAGAUUGUGUCGGCAGUGCCGGAUUAUUAGGCCCUAGCACCAAAUUCAUGUUGAUGCUAAGUUGUACUAAAGCAUGCCAGGCCAAAGUGGUAGCUCUAAAAGCCUAUAAGCACAUUUCGGUAUUUCAUAGGGCCAUCAUAUGUUUCGUAAGCCCUUGACACAGUGCCUAAUGUGCCUAUUUGAUAAUCCUAGCCUGUGUCUUUGGAAUGUUUCAUCUGCCCGAUGAUCAGCAGAGAUAAUAAUGUAAGGCGCUUUGAUAGUCAUUAUUAUUAGACUCGCCAUGUAGUUUUCCUUCCUUUUUUUUACAAUUUGAAAUAUGUAGAGAAACGCCUUUAGAUAUAAUUUAUUUAGUCGCUUUAUUUUUGUAGUCAUUUGCUGUGUGUAUAUAUUUGUGCUCAACAUUCUAGUUCUUCUGGUCCAGUUUUCUGAAAUCAGUGCUUCAUUUUCGGCAGCUUAUGCUUAAAAAGCAGUAGAGUUUCCAUUUCUUUUGUCCUUUUUAUUUUUACUUUUUCUGAUUUGUUGUAUCGUCUUGCCUAAUUCCUCUGAAAGAAAAGUCAUAUUAAUUACUUUGUUUGUUGUUUUCAAGGUGUGUUUAAAGUUUUUGGGCCGAAGAAAUUGGACACAAUCCCUUUUUGUAUUUGCACAAUUAGUAUCAGCAUUAUAUCAAUAAAGUUUGAUUAUUUUUAUCAAUGGUGCCUUACAAAACCUAUUAGAAAUGCUCCAAAGUUCAGGGUUGUGUAUUUAAGAUAUGUAAAUAGACCGAACCAAUAAGCCCCGCCCACAACGCACGUGGGCAAUUAACAGGUCCUUCUCUCCAGUGAAUGACAAGCUGCGUGUUAUAAAAACAUGUUCCAGCCGCGCCCGUCUUGCGGCGUGCACGCAUGUCGGACUUGCGUGCACGCAUGUGGGACAUAAAUCACGGCUGUGAUUGGUCGGAACAAAUACGGGGCGGGGCUUACUGGCUCGGUCUUUUGCUAAGGAAAAUCUCUGCAUUAAAUUGGUGCGUUGCAAUUUGUAUACAAAUGUAGACAGAUUUUUUUUCAUGAUGGACAUCGAUUGUAACGUGGUAAUACAUGUGGAAUCCAUAAUACACAUGUAAUGGUUUUUAAAUGUGAUAGCAUGAAUAUACCGAUCCAUCAAGCCCCGCCCCUAAUAUUCUCACCAUUCACAGGUAGCUGUGAUUAAUGUUGGACGUGAAUGCAUAAAAGCCAGACAUACAUGUACGUGUACGUGCGUAUGACGUGCGCAGCUUUAACAUGUAGUUGGGCACGUGCAUAGUGGGCGGAGACUAAUGGACGGUCUAUAUUAGAUUGAUGAUCAGCAUUACCAUUUAAAGCAAAGUAUUGAUUAUAGGCCUAUCCGAUAAUAAACCAUAUUAUAAUACAAGUAG